CAUUCCACAUAUCUAUCACAAUGGAAAAAAUUCAUAUCUGACACUUAUCUUAACAUCAUAACCAACAUUAAUAUCUUUAAAGAAGAUCUGUCAUAAACAUUUAUUAUUAAACACAGCAGAAUUAAUAAAAAAUAUGGAUUCAGAUGUGAAUAAUGAUAAUAACCCAACGAUGGAUAUUACAGAAUUGCAUAAUACUUUAGACACGCAAGAUUAUGUACAACAAAGUUCAUCACGAUUUCCAUUACGGCCUGAUGAAGAUAAUAUCCUGAAAGAUUUAGAUUCUGUAAUCCCAUAUGCAACUUGUCAUACGAGAAGAUCCACAAAAAUAUCAUUUAAAGAUCAUGCAGAAACUAUUGUAUCUCGUUUACAAUGCAGCAAACGACUCAUACAAGACGAUUUAACUGCUGAACAACUUAGAAUAGAUAUCUUAAAAUCUAUGCCACAAUGUUUAACAGUAAGAAGAUUGGUAAAGUCUAAAUUACACACAGUCCAACAGAGAUCAAAAAAGAAAUCUAUUAGCUACUGGAAAAGAUUGAAAUAUAAAAUCAGUUUCAGUUUCCGAAAGAUACAUGUAAUAAUUCAAGAUAUUGGGCAGAGUAUGGAAAUUUGGUACCAUAUCAUAAAAUCAAUAGAAGGUCAGUUUGGAAGUGGAGUAGCUGUUUAUUUCAAGUUUUUAAGAUGGCUAAUUCUUUUAAAUAUUAUUUUUUCUCUCAUGAGCAUUAUUUUUAUUGUUCUUCCACAAUCUUUGGAUCAAGUAUAUUUGCCUUCAUCUAUUAAUGUUUUGGAUUUUGUAACAGGCAGUGGAUUUUUUGAAAAUACGAUAAUGUAUUAUGGAUUCUAUAAUAAUGGUACAGUGGAAAAAAUGGUUAACAGUACAUAUAAUAUUCCUUUCGCUUAUUUUAUUACAUUACUUUGUGCUUAUAUAUUUACAUUCAUUGUACUUUCUGUUAAAGUAGUGUUAUCUUAUCGGAAACGUUAUAUUGAAAUUCGUGAGAAAGUACAGUAUUUCUAUUGUAACAAAGUAUUUUGUGGAUGGGACUUUGCUAUAUCCUCUACGAAAGCUGCAACUUUACAAUCUAUAUCAAUUUAUAGAGAAUUACAAGAACUUUUAGCAGAAACAGAAAAGCAUUCACGACAAAAUUGUCUUAUAACAUUUUGUGUUAUGUUUGUACGUAUAAUAAUUUCUAUAAUCACUUUUUUUAUGAUAUGUGGGACUAGUGCAAUAUUAUGGGUAUUAUUAAAUAUACAUGAAACGGAUAAAUCGAAGACAUCAGUAAUGAUUGUACCUGUGGUUAUAACAAUUAUUAUGAAUAUAUUUUCAAUAAUUAUCUCUUGCUUAGCACAAGUUGAAAGAUAUAACAGUAAACGCACUGAACUGUAUGUAACUGUAAUUAGAAUUCAUGCAUUAGCUGCUAUAGUAAUUAGUACCCUUCUUGCUUUUUGGCUAAUACAUAGCACAGAUGGCUGUUGGCAAACAGAAUUAGGAAAGGAAAUUUAUCGACUUAUAUUUUUAGAUUUUAUUAUCUCUGUUUUUAUUUUAUAUGUAAUUGAGGCAGUACGUUCUAUUAUAUAUUUAACAGUUUGGAAAGGAAUCGGAAGAACAAAAUUUAAUAUUGCUCGUAGUACAUUAAACCUUAUUUAUAAUCAAAUGCUUUUUUGGUUAGGUUGUUAUUUUAGUCCAUUAUUAUCCGUAAUAAUCAUUGUAAAAAUGAUUUUAACUUUUUAUGCAAAAAAGCAUAGCUUAUUAAACUAUUGUGAGCCAUCUUCAAGACCUUGGAGAGCAGCACAAACACAGACUCUUUUUUUAGCUCUUUCAUUCAUUGGAAUAAUUAGUGUAUUGAUUAUGGUAGGAUAUAUCAUUACAAAUGUACGAAGUGAUGAAUGUGGGCCUUUUAAAGGACAUAACUAUACUUGGGAAUAUGUAGUUGAUGGUGUCCUUGAACUAAAAAGGGAUAGUGAUUUUUGGCUACUUAUAAGUGAGCUUGCAAGACCAUCAAUUGGAGCAGCUGUAUUGAUUGCAAUGAGUGUUGGAGUCUAUUGGCUUAGAGCUAAAGCACAAGCAAAUAAGGAAAUGUUGACAAUUUUGCAAGAUAUGCUCUUUUUACAUGCACGAGAUAAGCAAUUUCUUUUUGCUAAAAUUACUAAUGCAGGUAAAAUUUAUAGACGAAGUCAUUUAAGAUCUUUUAAGUGUUAUAUUACUGAUGAAACAAAAAACUUUAUCAAAUGAAAGAGAAUAAAUAUCAUUCAGGAAAUGUGGAUAAAAUAUUUUACAAAUUACGAAUUAAAAUAAGA